GAGCAUGCGCAGUUUUGAGUUGGUCACAUGACACAGGCGGAAGUUGUCUACGCCGAAUCUCCCGCGAACGCAGCCUCUUCCUUUUCCCCGCAGCUCCAUCGGUUAGUCUCCAACGGUGAAACCUAACCACAUUGGAACCAAUGGCACAGCAGCAAGCUCAAGUUGAAUUUAAGUUGGUGUUGGUAGGAGAUGGAGGCACUGGUAAAACGACUUUCGUAAAAAGACAUUUGACAGGAGAGUUUGAAAAGAAAUAUGUUGCCACACUGGGAGUAGAGGUGCACCCUCUGUUGUUUCACACAAGUAGAGGAGCCAUUAAGUACAAUGUGUGGGACACAGCUGGUCAAGAGAAGUUUGGAGGUUUGAGAGAUGGUUACUACAUCCAAGCUCAGUGUGCCAUCAUAAUGUUUGAUGUAACUUCUCGAGUCACCUACAAGAAUGUGCCCAACUGGCAUCGUGACUUGGUUCGUGUUUGUGAAAACAUUCCCAUUGUCCUUUGUGGCAACAAAGUGGACAUCAAAGACAGAAAAGUUAAAGCUAAGAGCAUUGUGUUUCACCGCAAGAAGAAUCUGCAGUACUAUGACAUCUCUGCCAAGAGUAAUUACAAUUUUGAGAAGCCUUUCCUUUGGCUUGCGAGGAAACUGACUGGUGACCCUAACCUUGAAUUUGUGGCAAUGCCGGCCCUCGCCCCACCAGAGAUCAUCAUGGACCCAUCUAUGGCUGCCAAGUACGAAGAAGAGCUUGAAGUUGCAUCACGAACCGCACUCCCAGAGGAAGAUGAUGACCUCUAACAUGUUUAUUCUUUAGUCCCUCUUUGGUGGUGGGUAGGAAGCUGGACCAUUCCCUUUACUGUAAAAUCCCCAAUCAGAUUUUUUUUGGAUUCUUUGUUCAUUUAAAAGCUUUAUCAUUAGGCUUUUCACCACAUGUUGCGUUUUGUCUUCUGCAAAUGGAUGAGAUGGCGGAGAAGAGUACAAUAACUAAGGCAACCAGGUUUGUUUGGGACCUGGAGAAGUCAGGCACAGCCACAACUUUGUAAAUGGCAGUGUUCUGUUUGUCCUCUAGAAAAAAUAAAUUAUUGUGGAAUUGGAUCGGUGAAUUGUUUUAGGUCAUCAGUGAUACCUGAAAAUUGUCUGUGCCAGUACAAUACCCAUAUUUGAAUAGCCAGAUUUAUGACCUGGUGUUGCUUUUCACUGAUCUUUAAUCAUAAAAACUUUUUUUUUUUUUUACCAUAUCUGGGUUUUGUCUUUUACAUGGUUUUUCAGUGUUUGCUCAUUUUUAUCAGUUAUACUUGACUAUGCUUGGUUGUACUUGUUUGUUUUUUUUAUGUAAUAAAAUAUUGCAUUUGGAAAGUUAAAAAUAGUUUGAAGAAAUUUUGAAAACACCCAUAUGGACAUACAAGGAGUCCAUAAAGUAAAAAAAUACUACAACAGGCAAUUGAUAAGAUAUCUUAAUUGUAAAGUAUUGCUCCUUCUGCGUAUUCAAUUUUUGUCUCAAAUCAUGAUACCCAUUGUGCCCUCUCUUGAGGAGGAGCCAUAUUUUUUAGAGGUUCAUACAAAAAGACAUCUCUAAUCAACAGGAUGUCUGACAUAAAUAAAAUAAAAAAAGCAAUGUAAUUGAGAACUUUUGUAACCAUUGAGUACAACAGAACUAGUCUAAUAUGUCUUAUUAGUUGCCUUUGUAUUUAAAUUUAAAAAUUGUAAAUAGACUUCAGGGACACCUUGUGUAUGUGAUUGAUCAGAAAAUCUGAUUACCCCAAGUAACAUUUUCAGAUAUUUCUAUUGUGUGUAACAAAUGCAAAUUGUUUAGAAGCAGAUGAAGAAGGUGGAGCUUCAGUACGUCUUCCGUCUUCCUCUGCAUUAAUCGAUUUUUCUAACCUUACACGUCUUGACCCUGUAGCUCUCACAAAUGAAAAGAGUUGAGUUUUUUAUGGUUUUCAAUUGUUCUCCAUUCAACAUGUUGUAGUAGUUUCUUUGUUCUUUCAUAAAUGUAGCUGAAAUGCUCAAUAUAAAAAUAUAUAAUUGCACAUUUAUUUUAACUUAAAUUGAGAAACCCUCAAAUUGUUCAUUUGAUGCAUUGUUUUAUAUAAUUUUGAAUUUUUCUAUAUGCAAAUACAUAGCAUUGUGCUCUGCUUCAAAGCUAGAUAAUAUCGUGAUCCAGUGUGUAAUAUUUCUGAGGCAUUAUUGUGAUGUCUUGCCCUGAAUUGAUAAACCAAACUGGACUUGAGACAGAAAAAGUUUGCUCAGAGUAAACCUGAACUUGCCUCAAACUAAAACUAAACCUGCUUCUAACAGGAGUCGGGGCAAGGCAAGCCAUUUAACAUUAGCCGCUAAUGUUAAAUGGCUAGAAAAAUCUGAUUUCUAGAAAUAAUUUGAUUUGGAAUGUUUAUAUUAACAGACAACUAAUAAUGAUAAACAGUUUGCACGUUCUGGUUUAUUGCCCUGCUGAUUCAAAGAUGGGGGGUUCUAUCCCAGCUUCUUUCACUGUAAUAUCACCUUGUACAACUAUUAACAUUUGUGUUAUUAAUACCUUUCAAAUAAGAUAAGUAUUCUUUUCUGUUAAUAUAUUUGCUAUAAAAUGUAU